AUGGAGAUAUCCACCAUAGUCGACGGAUUUGGAGAGGGACUGCAGGAUGCUUUGGGUGGAAUCAGGGGCUCGCCUCAUCGAACUACCUUUCCUGCCAACGCUCAAAAGGCUUAUUCGCUACGUCCAGUUCGACAUGGCGAUCAACACGUAUCUGCUUCUAUGUCAAGGGGUAUUCCCUCUUCGCCUCUCGCUGCUCGAAGCCAGAGCAAUGCUUCGUCGUCGUCCAUGCUCGCUGUGCCUGGUACCUACCCUGCAUCAUCGAGUGGACAGACGCUCACCAAUCAGCCCAGUAUGGAGAGCAUGCGUACAGUUAGUAGCGAGACUGCUGGUACGUAUAUUACCCCUCCAAGCUCCGCCAUUCUCGAUUCCUCAAGUUCGACUCCUGGCUACAAGCCCCGCGAUGGGUGCCAACCGAGCAUUACCUUCGACCAACGCCCCUGUGGCGUUGUCUACUUCUCCACCCCUCGCUCUUCUUCAUUACGUCUAUCUUCACGACCAUUACCUCGUCGGCAGCCUCCACGCCACAGGAGCGCAGCCAGUGCUUCAGAACCUUCUCUCCUGGAAGGUAUAGCUGCGGGGAGUCCGACAACAGCAUUCGUCUCGUUAGCGACCACGCCCCCAUUCGGAAAGAAUCUUCUCGGGAGCGAGAGCGAGACCAACGAUUGGUCUCGGAUCCCGUGGCGACCAAAGAUCAAUCGAAGAGGAAGUUCAGGUGCGGCAAGCACGGAUAUGGAUGGACGUGGGAAAGAACUUGCAAAUAAAUGUUGGGAAGAGGACGAGUCGUUUUUGGCCAAAGAGAAGAUUGCAGAAUGGCUGGGUGGAACGGCUGCGAUAAAUAAGAUUGCCUUGCGGUACUAUAUGGAUAAUUUCGAUUUUACCAGGAUGAGGCUAGACGGUGCUUUUCGGCACUUGUGUACCAAGCUGUACUUGAAGGCCGAGACGCAGCAAGUUGACAGGAUCCUGGAGGAAUUUAGCAGGCGGUUUUGGGAUUGUAAUCGAGGCUCAGUAUACGCAUCUCCUUCCAUUGUCCACGCAAUUGCAUACUCUCUUCUACUCCUCAAUACCGAUCUACACAUUGCUGAGCUUACUUCGCACAUGAGCAAAAACCAGUUCGUGCGCAAUACCUGGGCUGUUAUUCAAGAUCAAAUAAGAGCACCCGAGCUUCCAAAAAGUCCAGGUUCUGGUAGUGGGUCCACUGUGAUGGAACCGCUAAAGAGUCCGAUCAAUAUUGAACGCGGACAAUUUAGCCAAGAGCAGUUGCGUUCGCAAGCUCACUUGGCAGGCGAGUCUACUCCCGAGCUAGUACUCGACGAAGAUGAAGGUCAGCUGGGUGACGGAUCGGAGCACCUUACUCGCAAGCAGCGAAGUGGAAGUCUGAAUUCUUGGAGGAGUGGGUCGCGCGAGGGCCAACUUCCUAUGAAUACGAGUAAUCCCAGCGUCACGGAUGCUUCGGAUCCAAAAACCCUACGGGUAGUGCAUGCUGUGGUUAGCGUCCGGGGAUGGGACUCGGAAAUGGAAAUGCUGCUCAAAGAAAUGUACAAUUCCGUCAAGCACCAACAGAUUCUCCAACCGCUCACGGGACUGUCGCCUCCUGAACGGCAGUCGAUGUCUCUCAGUCCAGGUAUGACAACUCUUAGUCGUACUCGGAGUCAGAGAAGUCACGUCGGGGCAGGAGGUGAUAGGAUUACAUCGCUGAAACGCGGUUCGAUUCGAGGGUUGCAAAGCCUGCUAUUAGCCCAGAGUCCAUACGGAAGUAACUCCACUGUAGAUGGUCGGAUUUCCCCAUCACCUAGCUUUGCUACCUCAAUUGGCGAGGGUGUCCCAACUCCCAACAGUCUAUUCGCACCGACGAUUGGUUUCGCAUCCAACCUCUCACAUACGAUCAUCAAGGAGGCUCAAGAAGAUGAUGUAGGAAGUGUAAAGAGCGAUGUGACCAGCUCCACCAUCAUCAGCAUCACCGAUGAGGAGCUGGCCUUGCUUGGCCCACCAUGGGCAAAGGAAGGAAUGCUAUGUCGAAAGCAGUACUGGGAAUCCGCUGGGAAACGUGCCAAGGUCAAGACUUGGAUGGAUGUCUUUGUGGUCAUUCAAAAGGGCGAGCUGAGCAUGUUCGUCUUUGGCGAAACCAGCGCCCAUACGGGGGGUGGGAACCAAGUCGGAGGUGGGAACUGGGUUUCCAACGCCAAUUGCGUCGGCAAAGUGGUUCUGGCACACGCCUUAGCACACACUUUGCCUCCUCCGGGCUACAACCGGCAGAGACCCCACUGUUUUGUCCUGACACUCGCAUCGGGUGCUGUGUUCUUUUUCCAGGCUGGGACUGAGGACCUGGUCAACGAGUGGGUAAUGACCUGCAAUUACUGGGCCGCGCGGCAGAGCAAGGAACCAUUGUCUGGGGGUGUUUCAAACAUGGAGUAUGGCUGGAACCGCGCGCUUGAGAUGAUUCAAUCUGGAAAUGUAGAAGACCGUAGGGUCGAUUCAUCAGACGCACAGAGCGUGCGCAGCGGUCGAAACUUGAACAUGCGGAUGCCCGCUUCUCCCUACAGCUCGGAACGCAUUUUCAUUCAUGAUUGGACGGGCCCCAUGCAUUCAGUAAUGCCGAGUACUCAUGAUGAGGAGACCCAAAUGGAAGCACUGCAGAAGCAAGCCAACUUACUAAAGCAAGAGUUGCACAUUCACAACGAACUCCGACAGCCUAUGAUGAAUAUGUACAUCCCUCGGUCGACAAACGCAGUUAAGGCUUCCAAUAACUGGGAGCGUAGGUCUCAAUACCUGCUGUCUGAGAUCGUCAAGUACGAUUCAUACGUGGAUUCACUACGUUCAGCCAUGUCCCAGCGUCUCAAAAGACGGGGAGAGAAGGCUCUAGAACGUGCUCUAGUUGCCUCAAGGCCCGAUGAAGACGACCUCGAACGGAUAUAUGCAUCACCGUCGAUUACUGGGUCGGGACCUGCUCGCCUCGAGCGAGGAGCAAGCAGUUCUGUGAGAGGAAGGCACCAAGUCAUCCAGGAAGACGAUGAACCAAUAACCCCACUGCCAUGCGCCACCUCUUCCGCAACAAGGUAUCGCUGA